AUUACCUUACUCGUGUUAACUCACAGCUGCCUCGCCACACACGCGUUAGGAACCCACUAGAAUAACUUCCGGGUCGGCAGAGUGCGCUAGAUCCGUGGCGCGUUCACCAGAUGGCAGUAUAAGUAAAGGCCUUUAUUAUCACAUGACUCAAAAACAAUCCGACGAAGCAGUUGUUGCGUCGUUGCUAUGGAGAUCCUACAGCAACUUUCCUGAAUGACGUGAUGUAAAUACAGCAUCAUGUCCGAGGCUACAACUCUUAAAAUUUUAUAUAUUUUUCCAAAUAGAGACCAAUAUGAGGGCGAAUGUUGUCGUACUUCAGAUGGUGUGCUGCUGAGGAAAGGGUCUGGCAGACACACAUCAGUUUCUGGAAUUAUAUACACUGGAGAAUGGGACAAUGAUAAGAUGAAUGGCAGAGGAACUCUCACACACCCUUCAGGGGCGUUUUACAGCGGCCCGUUCAGAGACAACAUGUAUCAUGGCAAAGGAACUUAUCGAUUUCCUGAUGGGACAGAAUACACAGGAACUUUUAACAAUAACAGAUUUGAAGGUGAAGGGGAGUUCACAGAUUCACAAGGACUUAUGUGGAGGGGGAUGUUCCAUAACAAAGCCGCACUGGGACUGAAGCUCAAAGUCAAUGUGUGACUUGCACACAAACACACACCAUUUAAAUGCAUACGGAAAAACAUUUUCUGUCCUUUUUCUUUAUUAGAUGGCAUUCAGUAAGUGCUCUAUUGUUAAGUAUCCAAUCACUAGACCAAACUGAACUUCAAAAGAUAUUCUGAAGCACUGAAUUUAGUGAAAAUAAGUAUAAUUUGAGCAUUUUAUCAAGAUUAUGAAGCAAGCUUCUGAGUCAACUUUAAGUUAAAAGAAUUACCACCCGUGAAACUAUUGAAAGAGAUCUUCGAUACACAGUGAUGCAUUACCACAGCUAGCAGCCCUGAGGCUUUGAUGAGCUCCAGUGAAAUAACUUCAGUUCCAGCAGCAUCCACUGAACAUCAAGAACACAUGUUCCCACACACUGCACUUCUGAAAGAAACACUGCUUUGUUUUAGUGCAAAGGGUGAGAGAAAUGUGAUUCUCUGUGUACGCUUCAGCCAUUGGUGG